GUACAUGUACAUCACUAAACGAGCAGCACUUCCGAACUGCUUCUUGUUACUGUCAGUAAUGUCCUCUUGGCCUGCUCGAGCUGCUUCUAUAUCGCAUCAGUGAGGCCUCUGGGCCAGCUCAGCUGUCAUGACAUCCUUCACUUCUCUUCUGGGUUCCAUCGGUGGUCCCAAGCAGAACCAGGCACCGGCACAAAACGCUUCCGCGGGCGCGAGCGCGAGCGCAUCACGAGCGGUGCAGAAACCUGACGCAACGACCAGCACGCCCAGCAUAUCGCGGCCGAACGCGAAUAGCCAUGUGGCUGCGGGGACGAAGAGGAAGCCAGAGGAACAAAUAACGGCGCCGCCAGCGAAAGCCAUGCGAGUGGAUGUGAAAACUCCUGUCCCUCCAUCCGGACUGAGUCGCGUGGCCCAGAGAGGCACACUCGUUUCCCCGAGCACCCACACUCCUCCCCGUGGCACGACAAAACCUGGGCCGGCGAAGGAUAAUCCCAAGGCGAAUGAAUCUCUCAAAUCGAGAACAGUCCUCCAAAGACCUGCACCGAGCACCCCUGCAACCACUGCUGCGACGACACCUGGUGGCUCUGUGGCGAAGCCCAAGCGCGGUUUCGCCUCGAUCAUGGAGAAGGCCAAGGCGGCGCAGGAAGCGGCGAAGGCGGCUGGUAGUAGCACCAUAAAACACAAGCCAGUGGAGAAGUUGACCAAGAAGGAACGACUAAAACUGGAGGAGGAAGCAAAGCUCAAGACUGGGCCCAAAACCAGUAAAGCUCUGGCAGGCCGGAGUCGAAGUGGUACACCUGCAGACGGACGGUGCAGCUCGAACAAGAACGAGCCAGAGGCAGGAUAUAAAGGUACGAUGAAGAAGACCCCAGUGCAACCACAGAUAGCAUACAAGGGCACCAUGAAGAAGUCGGAGCCUGGAGCACCCCCUGGGAAAGCUGCAGUGAAGAAAGGUCUCGGUCAGGACAAAUACGGUGGCUACGCGAGCUGGUCAGACCUCGACGACGCCGAAGAGGACGAAGAUGGCUACGGGUCAGAAGGGUCCGAUGACAUGGACGCUGGAUUCGACGACAUGGCUCUUGAGGAAGAAAUGGCCCUUCGAGCGGCCAGGAAGGAGGACCAAGAGGCGUUAGAGGAAGAAGAGCGGCACAAACGUGAGAAGCUCGAGCGUAAGAAGAAACUCGAGGCUCUCAGCAAGAGUGCUGCGGCUCGGAAGAGGUUCUGAGAGACUGGGUGCCGCCACGAAUGAACAAAUGAAUCGUGAUAUUGCAUCCUCCCGUUGAUUGUAUAGCGGACGGCAUUGGUCACUCUUCACGGCCGUUCUACACUCGCUGACUGGCAUGUUUGACGGAGUCGAAGCUGACUACCAGAAGCGCUCUCUGCCUCGCAGCUAAGGUAUCCAGGAUCUUGCAUAAUAUGAAUGAUAUGCUUCCUACCAAAGCUACCUUACUCUAGCAUCUCCAGAAUUCUGGCCUUUCGG